ACGGCCUGCCAGCCCGCCCGCCCGCCAGCCAGCCCUCCCCGCGGCCGGCUGGGCUCCUUGGCGCUGCCUGGGGUCCUUUCCGCCCGGUCCCCGCUUGCCAGCCCCCGCUGCUGUGUGCCCUGUCCGGCCAGGCCUGGAGCCGACACCACCGCCAUCAUGCCGGCCGUGUCCAAGGGCGAUGGGAUGCGGGGGCUCGCUGUGUUCAUCUCCGACAUCCGGAACUGUAAGAGCAAAGAGGCGGAGAUUAAGAGAAUUAACAAGGAACUGGCCAACAUCCGCUCCAAGUUCAAAGGAGACAAAGCCUUGGAUGGCUACAGUAAGAAAAAAUACGUAUGUAAACUGCUUUUCAUCUUCCUGCUUGGCCAUGACAUUGACUUUGGGCACAUGGAGGCUGUGAACCUGUUGAGUUCCAAUAAAUACACAGAGAAGCAAAUAGGUUACCUGUUCAUUUCUGUGCUGGUGAACUCGAACUCGGAGCUGAUCCGCCUCAUCAACAACGCCAUCAAGAAUGACCUGGCCAGCCGCAACCCCACCUUCAUGUGCCUGGCCCUGCACUGCAUCGCCAACGUGGGCAGCCGGGAGAUGGGUGAGGCCUUUGCCGCUGACAUCCCCCGCAUCCUGGUGGCCGGGGACAGCAUGGACAGCGUCAAGCAGAGUGCGGCCCUGUGCCUCCUGCGACUCUACAAGGCCUCGCCUGACCUGGUGCCCAUGGGCGAGUGGACAGCACGCGUGGUACACCUGCUCAAUGACCAGCACAUGGGCGUGGUCACGGCUGCUGUCAGCCUCAUCACCUGUCUCUGCAAGAAGAACCCAGACGACUUCAAAACGUGCAUCUCCCUGGCUGUGUCGCGCCUCAGCCGGAUUGUCUCCUCAGCCUCCACCGACCUCCAGGACUACACCUACUACUUUGUCCCAGCGUUUUUUUUUUUUUUGAAGCUCCUGCGGCUGCUGCAGUGCUACCCGCCUCCGGAUGCGGCCGUGAAGGGGCGGCUGGUGGAAUGUCUGGAGAUUUUUUUUUUUUUUGCCCAGGAGCCCCCCAAAUCCAAGAAGGUGCAGCACUCCAACGCCAAGAACGCCAUCCUCUUCGAGACCAUCAGCCUCAUCAUCCACUAUGACAGUGAGCCCAACCUCCUGGUGCGGGCCUGCAACCAGCUGGGCCAGUUCCUGCAGCACCGGGAGACCAACCUGCGCUACCUGGCCCUGGAGAGCAUGUGCACGCUGGCCAGUUCCGAGUUCUCCCUUUUUUUUUUUUUUACGCACAUUGACACCGUCAUCAAUGCCCUCAAGACGGAGCGGGACGUCAGCGUGCGGCAGCGGGCAGCUGACCUUUUUUUUUUUUUUUGUGACCGGAGCAAUGCCAAGCAGAUCGUGUCGGAGAUGCUGUUUUUUUUUUUUUUGGCCGACUAUGCCAUCCGCGAGGAGAUCGUCCUGAAGGUGGUUUUUUUUUUUUUUAAGUACGCCGUGGACUACAGCUGGUAUGUGGACACCAUCCUUUUUUUUUUUUUUUUUGCGGGUGACUACGUGAGUGAAGAGGUGUGGUACCGUGUGUUUUUUUUUUUUUUCAACCGUGAUGACGUCCAGGGCUACGCCGCCAAGACGGUCUUUGAGGCGCUCCAGUUUUUUUUUUUUUUUGAGAACAUGGUGAAGGUUGGCGGCUACAUCCUUGGGGAGUUUUUUUUUUUUUUUGCUGGGGACCCCCGCUCCAGCCCCCCGGUACAGUUCUCCCUUUUUUUUUUUUUUUUCCACCUGUGCAGCGUGGCGACGCGGGCGCUGCUGCUGUCCUUUUUUUUUUUUUUCAUCAACCUCUUCCCCGAGACCAAGGCCACCAUCCAGGCCGUUUUUUUUUUUUUUUCCCAGCUGCGCAAUGCUGAUGUGGAGCUGCAGCAGCGAGCCGUGGAGUACCUCACCCUCAGCUCGGUGGCCAGCACCGACGUCCUGGCUACAGUGCUGGAGGAGAUGCCGCCUUUUUUUUUUUUUUAGUCAUCCAUCCUGGCCAAGCUGAAACGCAAGAAGGGGCCAUUUUUUUUUUUUUUCCUGGAUGAUGGCCGGAGGGACCCAAGCAGCAAUGACAUCAACGGGGGCGUAGAGCCCACCCCCAGCACUGUGGGUGCCAUCUGUCCUCACCAUGACCUUUUUUUUUUUUUUUCGACGCCCUCGCCCUCCGCCGACCUCCUGGGGCUGCGGGCAGCCCCUCCCCCGGCAGCACCCCCGGCUUCUGCAGGGGCAGGGAACCUCCUGGUGUUUUUUUUUUUUUUCCCGGCCGCCCAGCCCAGCCUGGGGCCCACCCCCGAGGAGGUUUUUUCCAGGUUUGUGUGUAAGAACAACUUUUUUUUUUUUUUGAACCAGCUGCUGCAGAUCGGAGUCAAGUCAGAGUUCCGGCAGAAUCUAGGCCGCAUGUAUCUCUUCUAUGGCAACAAGACCUCGGUGCAGUUCCAGAUUUUUUUUUUUUUUGUGGUCCACCCCGGAGACCUCCAGACUCAGCUGGCUGUGCAGACCAAGCGCGUGGCGGCGCAGGUGGAUGGCGGCGCGCAGGUGCAGCAGGUACUCAAUAUUGAGUGUCUGCGGGACUUCCUGACGCCCCCGCUGCUGUCCGUGCGCUUCCGGUACGGUGGCGCCCCCCAGGCCCUCACCCUGAAGCUCCCAGUGACCAUCAACAAGUUCUUCCAGCCCACAGAGAUGGCGGCCCAGGAUUUCUUCCAGCGCUGGAAGCAGCUGAGCCUCCCUCAACAGGAGGCGCAGAAAAUCUUCAAAGCCAACCACCCCAUGGAUGCAGAAGUUACUAAGGCCAAGCUUCUGGGGUUUGGCUCUGCUCUCCUGGACAAUGUGGACCCCAACCCUGAGAACUUCGUGGGGGCAGGGAUCAUCCAGACUAAAGCCCUGCAGGUGGGCUGUCUGCUCCGGCUGGAACCCAACGCCCAGGCCCAGAUGUAUCGGCUGACCCUGCGCACCAGCAAGGAGCCCGUCUCCCGUCACCUGUGUGAGCUGCUGGCACAGCAGUUCUGAGCCCUGGACUCUGCCCCCGGGGAUGUGGCCGGCACUGGGCAGCCCCUUGGACUGAGGCAGCUUUGGUGGAUGGGGGACCUCCACUGGUGACAGAGAAGACGCCAGGGGUUGGGGGAUGCCUGGGACCUUCCUCCGGCCUUUUGUAUUUUUAUUUUUGUUCAUCUGCUGCUGUUUACAUUCUGGGGGGUUAGGGGGAGCCCCCUCCCUCCCUUCCCCCCUCCCAAGCACAGAGGGGAGAGGGGCAAGGGAAGUGGAUGCCUCCUCCCCUCCCACCCCACCCUGUCGUAGCCCCUCCUACCCCCUCCCCAUCCAGGGGCUGUGUAUUAUUGUGAGCGAAUAAACAGAGAGACGCUAACA